AUGAACAACAACAAGACCAUGAAAAUUAAAAAAUCAACAGAAAAAGGAUUUGAUCUUGAAUCCUGCUUCUAAAAAGGUGAGUCAGAUCACUAAGACGGUUACAUAAAGGAUGCUGAUUAUUAUUUUGAUUCCUAUUCCCAUUUCAGCAUCCAUGAAGAAAUGCUUAAAGACAAGAUCAGAACAAAAGCCUAUUAAAAUGCCAUACUAAAGAACAAGCAACUUUUCCAAAAUAAAAUAGUUUUGGAUGUAGGAGCAGGAACAGGCAUUCUUUCUAUUUUUGCUGCUUAAGCUGGAGCUAAACACGUUUAUGCAGUUGAGAAUGCUAACAUUGCAAUUCACGUUCAAAAAAGAUUAUAAGUGAUAAUGGACUCAGUGAUAGAAGAAAUUGAAUUACCUGUUGAAAAGGUGGAUAUCAUCAUUUCUGAAUGGAUGGGUUAUUUUCUACUUUAUGAAUCGAUGUUGGACUGUGUUCUUUAUGCAAGAGACAAAUAUUUGGCUCCUGAUGGCCAUAUGUUCCCAGACAAGGCUGUCAUGUAUCUAUCUACAAUUGAGGAUGAUGAAUACAGAAAGUCAAAAAUUGAUUUCUGGGAUAAUGUAUAUGGUGUAAAUAUGAGUUGCAUAAAGCAAUGGGCACUCCGAGAACCUCUAGUGGAUUGCUGUAAUCAAGAACAAAUUAAUUCCAACUCCUGUCCAAUUUUUGAAAUCGAUCUCAAGACUGUGAAAGUUGAUGACUUGGAUUUCAGUCAUUAGUAUAUGUUGAAGAUUUAAAAAGAUGAUUAUGUUCAUGCAUUAGUUGGAUGGUUUGAUGUUCAAUUUUCCACUUGUCAUGUUCCAGUUAGAUUGACAACAUCUCCUUAUGCAGAAAGUACUCAUUGGAAAUAAACUGUAUUUUAUAUUGAAGAGCCAUUGGCUGUGAAAAAUAAUGAUAUCAUCUCAGGCAGCAUAGCUGUGAAAAAGAAUGCAUAGAAUCCAAGACAUUUGGAUAUCAAGAUUUCGUAUCACUUGGAAAAUGUCUAUGGAAAAAAAGAAUAAUCUACGUUGUAUAAACUCAGCUGA